ACUCAGUCCCAGAACGCCAUGACUGAGGACAUUUAUACCAACGGCUCAGCAACCCUGGGCAGCCCUUCCCACAGCAACGGCCGCGAGGUGCGGAAGAUACGCCUCGUCCAGUUUGAGAAGGUCACGGAGGAGCCCAUGGGAAUCACACUGAAGCUCAAUGACAAGCAGAGCUGCAUGGUGGCCAGGAUCUUCCAUGGGGGCAUGAUUCACAGACAAGGGUCCCUUCACGUGGGUGAUGAAAUCAUAGAAAUCAAUGGCCAGAGUGUGAGCAACCACUCAGUUGACCAGCUGCAGAAGAUGCUGAAAGAAACCAAGGGGACGGUCUCAAUAAAAGUAAUUCCCAACCAACAGAGCCGCUUCCCUGCUCUCCAGAUGUUCAUGAGGGCGCAGUUUGACUACGACCCCAAAAAAGACAACCUGAUCCCCUGCAAGGAAGCUGGGCUGAAGUUUCAGACUGGUGAUGUGAUUCAAAUCAUAAACAAGGAUGACAGCAACUGGUGGCAGGGACGGGUGGAGGGUUCCUGCACUGAGUCAGCAGGACUCAUCCCUUCUCCAGAGCUGCAGGAGUGGCGUGUGGCCAGUGUCACCCAGUCAUCCAGCCAGAGCGAGUCCCCGAGCUGUAGCCCCUUUGGGAAGAAGAAGAAGUGCAAAGAUAAAUACCUGGCCAAGCACAGCUCAAUUUUUGACCAGCUGGAUGUGGUUUCAUAUGAGGAGGUGGUGAGGCUGCCAGCCUUCAAGAGGAAGACUCUGGUGCUCAUUGGGGCCAGCGGCGUGGGCCGUAGCCACAUCAAGAACGCUCUGCUCAGCAACAACCCAGAGAAGUUCAUGUACCCACCCCCAUAUACCACACGUCCCCAGAAGAAGAAUGAGGUGGAUGGGAAAGACUACUACUUUGUCUCCACUGAGGAGAUGACCCGGGACAUCUCAGCCAACGAGUUCCUGGAGUUUGGAAGCUACCAAGGAAAUAUGUUUGGCACCAAGUUUGAAACAGUGCACAAGAUCCACCAGCAGGACAAAGUCGCUAUUUUGGACAUUGAGCCCCAGACCCUGAAGAUCGUCCGCACGGCCGAGCUCUCCCCGUUCAUCGUCUUCAUUGCCCCAACGGACAAGGCAGAACAGACAGAGGCUCUGCAGCAGCUCCAGAAGGAUUCCGAGAGCAUCCGCAGCAGAUACGCACACUACUUCGACCUCUCGCUGGUCAACAACGGGGUGGAGGAAAGCCUCCAGCUGCUGCAGGAAGCCUUCGAGCAGGCCUGCAGCUCUCCACAGUGGGUGCCUGUCUCCUGGGUCUACUGAGAGGGCAUCCAACCCCAGCCGCUUCCCAUCCAUCAUCCUGCAGCCGUGGGGAGAAGUCUUCUCAUCAGCUUCCCCUGAUCCACACACAGUCCAGCACGACUCCCUUCCUCUGCUGCUCCACAGACAUGUUCUCCAUUGGUUGACACACACACACAGGGUCUCCAGAUCUCCUCUCCUUGGGGGAAUGCAGGACAGGGGCUGCCCAGGGGAUGGCUGCCUCCCGUGGCACUGCA